AAGUACUCCGACUUUCAUUAGGCUGCUAUCCGACGAACUCUUCCGUUUGCAGCUCUUUUAUUCAGAUUAUAAGGUGUUUACUGGACAAAUGUUUAGGGAAGAUAAAUACAUUUAUCUAUAUGGAUAAUAAUAGUUUUUUUUGUUUUUUACCUUUCUGUUGAUUAGAAAUGACGCGAAGUAGCCUGGCGUUAGCUUGAAACCCUUCUCUACCGGCUGUAUUUAUUUAUACUUUAGUGUAGUUUUGUUGGUAGGUUUUCAUUUAACAAUCAAAUUCUGACUAGUUUUGUAAAUUCAAAAUAAAUCAGUACUGCUAUUUUUUUUUAUUAUUUUGGUUUAUUUACAUUCAUUAGAUGAAAGUUUCGCGUUGCUUUAUUGUAAUAAUCCGCGUUUCCGAGCUAACAGGCUAGCUGCAUUCCUCGCUAGCGACGAAAAACAAGUGGCUUUUUAAAAUAAAGUUCAUUGAGGACGAUGUUGUUUCUUUAAGUUGUCUCAGGGCUGAUGGAAGAUCGGAAGUAAUUUACACACGGGUUAGAAAUGCAGGCUGUUUUUUAAAGUGUUAAUUAGUCAGGAGAGUUAAAAAAAGAAAGGAAAUAAUUAAUAAAGCGAGUAGCCUUCAGCAUCAGCAUGCUCCGUUUACGGUGACCGGGUCAACAUGCUGGCGGUGAAUCGGCUCAUGUCCAGAUAGUUUCUAAAGGUUUAACAGGGUGUAGGUUUAGCUGCAGGAUUUUGAGUGAAGUUUCGCACUCGUUUUUAUUUUUUUAAAACCAGGGAUAAAUUUAUCCAAUUAAAGCCCGCUGUUUUUUUUAAGGACACGCAGAAAGUGAGUGUGUGCGAAAUGGACGCUGUGGAUCAUCUUCAUCAUCAUCAUCAUCAUCUGGGCUUGGAGUCAGGAUUCAGUGUCCGGGAUCACAGACUGCUCUCAGACUCGGACAGGAGUUUAGUUCAGGAUGGACGUGGUGCUGGUGGAAACGCCGGUGAAGCUUGGAGAUCAGUGUGUGUGUCUUUGUAUGGUGGAGCUCCAUGGGGUUUCACUCUGAGAGGAGGACGAGAACACCGAGAGCCGCUUAUUAUUACCAAGGUCGAGGAAGGUAGCAAGGCCGCUGGCGUGAGGCUUCAAGUAGGAGACGAGCUCGUAAACAUCAACGAGGUUCCCCUGAGCGGCUACAGACAGGAGGCCAUCUGCUUAGUCAAGGGCUCCCACAAGACUCUUUCUCUGGUGGUGAAAAGGAGGAUGAAAAUGGUGGAUAUUGUAGCACAGAAAAUGCCGUCAGAGAGUGACGUUCAUGUGGCCCGGAGCUUUCUAACGAAGAUUUUGCGAAGUUCAAUGAGGAAAAAUGAACCCAUGAGCAGGCCUCACUCUUGGCAUUCCACCAAAUUCAAUGAGAACCAAUCAGACACUGCCAAAACACAGUCCACACCCUCGCCAGUCUGGCAAACAAGAUAUGAUGCAAGCUCAUUCUCCUCUGACCUCCCUACUGGUUGGGACCAGCCUAAUUUGCGCAGAGUAUCAGACCAGUUCAGCUCCUUGGGCAGUAUGGAUAGUUUAGAACACGGCUCUUACCCCUAUCCACCUGGACGCCUGUCUCCAAGCAAAUCAAACGGCAACAGUGUUGAACAUUUAGUGGGUGGAAAAAGAGAUUCUGCCUAUAGCUCAUUUUCAACCAGCUCAGGGACACCUGACUAUACGCUGUCCAGAAGCAACGCAGCUUCUACAGAGAACAUGUUGUAUAAAGUUAACCAGUGGGACUCAGGAAGUCGGCCUAGCAAUGGCAGACACAGUCAAAGCCUAAGUGAAGGGGUCCGACAGGAUGAUAGAAUUGGUUACCUGCAGCCACCUUCAGUAAGCAGUGGUCGAGAAAGCCCAAGAACAGAGGAGCAACCAGGCUACCGGCAUUCUGCUUCAGGCAGGUCCAGCAUCGCACCUGUUUGGCAUGUCCCUGAUAUGAAGAAGACCAUGGCCCCAUCACCUCCACCACCUGCCCCACCAACACGCAGUGAUAGUUUUGCUGUGACCAAGAUUCAUGAAAAGGGUAUGGUGUCCAGCCACCCAGAGAAUCAUGGAAUUCAUGCCCAGUCAAAGAUUCAGGGCAAAGGAUUAAAGAUCGCAACAGAGGUGUCUGAAAGUAAUCAAAGGAUUUACCAUGCAACUGAGUCAGGCCUUGAAACAUGUCAAAACUACAACCCGCAGCCUAAGAGUGGCAUGAUUAAUUCAUAUGUUGCAGGUGAUGGCUAUAGUCAACAAACACCUCUUCCAAACUCAAACAAGAAAUACUCACCAUCCAGCACUGAUCCGUCCUACACUCAGUUUGCCUACCAUAAACGUCAGUAUAGUGAUGAGAGCAAUUUUCAUGUGCCCCCCAGGACCCCAUCUACAGGCAAGUCUCAAAGUUGCUAUAGCAGCAUGCAGGAGUUACCCACCAACAGCCAUGCUCCACUCUAUAGCCAGAACCAGAUCAGAAGGCAUGUUGGAUCACUGUCCAGCACUGCUAUUGACCAAAACCCUGACAGUCAAACCUCCAACAGGUAUUACUGUGUCACAUCUCGACAACCCUCUCAGGGAGGGUCCCAGGCCUCUUUCUUGCGGGUGGAGGACAGGAAUGCUAAUUCUGUGAUGGAAAUCACACAAAGUGGAGGUGAUAGAACUUCUGUAAGCUCUCAAGGACAACUCAAGGACAGGUACACCACAUCUCAGGUACAGCACCCAAAUAACAAAGACAGCAAUGGAUAUUACAGACAGGUUGACAGUCAGCAUCGGGUGUACACUGCAGUUAAUAAGUCUGCUUUUGAUGAUGCAGCAACAAAAGGUUUGGAGGUCAGAGGACCCCAGAAGCAAAGCACUGUGACCAAUUCAGACAGCCAUUUUAUCAAGCAGGGAAAGAUCUCUGAAUCUUACAGAUCUGGAGAAUCCUCCAAAGAACAUUUUCCAUCUAAAAGUGAGAUCACUCUGUGCCCCCAGAAAACCCCUUUGCUGCACUCUCUUUCACAGGACAGCAGUAAAAUCAUUGAUGUAAAAAUUGAAAUGGGUAGUGGUGAUGGACAACAGGAGUUCGUUGAUCCAGAGAAUGGCAGGCAGGUUCGACGUAGUGACCGUUUUGCCACCACAUUGCGAAAUGAGAUCCAGAUGAGGAGAGCUCAGCUCCAGAAGAGCCGAAGUGCAGCGGGCUUGAGCGGGACAGCUGAUCCUGUAGAAGAGCCUUCAGUUUGGAAGUCCACAGAUAUUUCUUCACCUUCCACUGAUGGUUCCUUCACUAGUGCCUACAAAGACCAUCUGAAGGAGGCCCAAGCUCGAGUCCUUAAAGCUACUUCUUUCAGGAGGAGGGACUUGGAGCCAGUGCUACUAGAGCACCCAGGAGCUGAAGUUCUGUCCACUUCUCGCAAGGAUACACCAUCUCUACCAAGUGUAUCUGAGGUCCCAACAAGUAAGCCUGCUCCAGGUACAAACCACGUGCCCCGCAUAUGUGGCCGGAAACGUUUUUCAGUUGAGAAGAAAGUACGGUCCUUCUCUGAGCCUGAAAAGAUUAAUGAGGUUGGUGUUGAUGAGGAGCCAACUCCACAAGAUAAUGAGGCAUCUUUAGUCAACAGGCGUAAAGUCUUUGAGGCAACAGGAAAACCUGCUUAUCGCAAACCCAUGUUGAAGCCAAAUCUGCAAAUAUCUGAAGACUCUAGGUUGGACAAGCCUGAAGAAUUGCCUCAGCCUGGACGAAAUGAUGCCACCAAGAAGGAUAGCGAUAGUAAGGCAAUAGAUAGUGGCUCAAAUUUUUCACAACGACUGGGCACUUUUGCAGAGUAUGAGGCCACAUGGAACACGCAGAGAAAAGUAGAUCCCAGGACGCCUGGAAGGUACCACUCAGCCGAUAACAUCCUCGAUUCAGCAGUGGAUGAGCGCCAUAAGCCCUCCUAUUUCCAUGAAAGGUCACGCUCCUCUCCUUCAGAGGACUUCUAUGGUCAGAACAUCCCAGUGCAAGGGAGGAAGUCAGCUGAGUACUGUCCUCCUGAGAGACAACUCUCUGAUCAUGACAACUCUACAUCAAGGUUAAGUGACGGAGGAUACAAUGGUUUAUUGCCCAAGCCACGUCAAGAGCCAGCAUCACUUUUGACAGGAGGAGAGUUGGAGAGCAAAUUCUCAGAUACCCCAUCCACUCAGAAAUCUCCUCCCAGCCCUGCUGGUCCUUCUCAACAUUUCCUCGAUCAUCGUAGCAUCGUCACCGAUCCCUCUUCCAGUGCAAAGAACAAAGGCUCAAAUUGUCUAAGACCUCCUCCGACACGCCUAGACAAGUACAAAUGCCCCAAGGCCGCUGCUCCUGUUAACACUUCACAGGGCGGAACUCAAUCUCCCAUUAAAGACAUUGUUUCUAAAGACACCCAAGUCCACGCCCCAGUAUCCUGGAAGGACCCUGAGCAUAGCCAAGGUCCAAAAAGAGAGGAGGAGUCUCAACCGGAGACCAUACCCCUUCCUCCUCCUCCUCCUCCUCCUCUUGAGCCUCCUGCCCACCUUACUCCACCCGGCAUGGAAGGGCAGCGUUCGCCAUCACCUCACUUCGCUCCCCAGAGACUGACUGACAAGCCCCCUGUCUCUGUCUCCCAGCAGGAUGAAGCCACAGGAAGGAUGGACAAGGUGACUGACGACAGCAGCACUGUGAAAAAAGUGCCCAUCAAAAUCGUCCACUCUGAAAGCAGCACAGAGAAAGAAAAUCGACAGUACCUUCACCCAAGCACAGAGACAUCUCUCAACUCGCAGCCCCCAGUCUUGUCUCUGUCCAGUCUGGGAGCACCAGAGCUAUCCUCUUCUCCAUUUUGCACAUACACACGUCAAAGAGAGCAGGAAAAUGAAGCCAUGGGCCCUCAGAAGGAGCAGGAGUUUCACGCUGAUGUCACAGGGCCUCAGGAGCCACAAAAAGGCCCCUGUGUGGAUCAUAGCACUAACGGAGUCUUCUCGGGCAGCCUCGGUGCUUCCUCUUACUCUGAGGAAGAUGAGAAGAGAGAGGUGUUGGCCAGGGACAUCAUGGACAAGGAUAAGUCUUUGGCAGACAUUUUGGACCAGAGCAAGAGGAGAACCACUAUGGACCUGAUGGAAGGGAUUUUCCCAGAAGGAGAGCAGCUGGUUGAGGAGGCACACCAACGCAGGAGAGCUGCACCCAAACUGACCCAAACCUCACGUAGCUCUGAGGAGAGGAGGGAGGAGGACAGCAUGGUGGCAGCGGCAGCUCUGGUGACCAGCUCAGCUUAUUACAGCACAUCAGCUCCUAAAGCAGAGCUGCUUAUUAAAAUGAAGGACAUGCAGGAGCAGAGUGUAGAGCUUGAAUCAGAAGAGGAGCUGGAGGAGGACAACGACACGGAGCUCGCCAACAAGAAGCAAGAGCUGAUUGAGAGCCUGAGCAAGAAGCUGCAGGUGCUGCGGGAGGCGCGAGAGAGUCUGCAGGAGGACAUGCAGGACAACAACGCUCUGGGCGAGGAGGUAGAGGCCACUGUACAGGCCGUCUGCAAACCCAACGAGCUGGAGAAAUUCCGCAUGUUUGUCGGGGACCUGGACAAAGUGGUCAGCCUUCUGCUGUCUCUGUCUGGACGACUGGCACGUGUCGAGAAUGCCCUCAACAGCCUGGAGGAGGACGCACCACUCGAAGAAAGGCGCACGUUGAUGGAGAAGCGUAAGCUGUUGAUCCGUCAGCACGAGGACGCCAAGGAGCUGAAGGACAACUUGGAUCGGCGAGAGCGAGUUGUUUGCGACAUCCUGGCCAGCUACCUGCAGGAGGAGAGCUUGGCCGACUACGAGCACUUCGUCAAGAUGAAGUCGGCCCUCAUCAUUGAACAGCGCAAACUGGAGGAUAAGAUCAAACUGGGCGAGGAGCAGCUCAAGUGUCUGAUGGACAGUUUGCCUCCAGAUCAGAGGUCAUUCUGCUGAGAAAUGGCAAAUAACCUUUACAAAGUGAUACCGUGUCCAGAUUUCAAAGUCAGAACAGAUCUGAAUCAGACUCUGGCAUUGCUGACACCCUGAUGAUGCCGAUGUUUUCAGAAUGCUCAUGCUCAGCUUUUGUGCACAGAGCCGAACCACCUUUCGAACCACACCCAAAUUUGGGCUGCAUCGAUACUGUUCAACCACGCUAUACUGGAUAAAAUGCAAAUUUCAAAGCGCUUAUUGUAAGACCAUGAAACUGUUUAUCUGACGUAUUACCCUGACCUUGUCCCACUUACUCUUUUCAGUAUCUAGUGUUUCUGUAAUUUUGCUUGUUGACCACUAGUGGGCAGUGGAAGAUGGUUACAUUUGCCUUGACCACAUAGUACAAACCACUUUCCACUCAUCCCUUACAGUAGUAUACACAUAGAAAACUCUAACAUUUACAGCUUAUGUUCAUAACCCUUAUCCCAUAUUUAACUUUCUGUCCAGUGUCGGUGAAAUGCUGGCCUUUCACGACUGUGCAUUUUUUCAUAUGGCAUCAGUCCCUGUCCUGUCAUGUCUAAAACAAUUUCAUGUUUUUAGUAAUUUAUUGUAGACUUAAAUCUGUAAAUAAGACUAGGAUAUGCUAGUUUUUACCCUUCACUUAUUUGAUCUUAGUUUAGAAAACUUUCAGUUUAGCUUACAUGUGCGGAUGAAAAAGAAACAUAUUUGUUGGAAUUAGAGCCACCUCAAUACCGGCUUUUUGUAAAAUAUUUGAGGGACUGCCUGAGCAAUACAAUAUUCUCACUGAGAAUUAAAUGCUUGUCUAUAAAAUAA